AUAUAGCUGCCAUACAAACGGAACAAUCAAAAUUAAGUUCUUGUAUGAAAAACUUUUUUAUAUGACAAGAUAUCUCCUUGUAUUAAAACUUCUUAAUUUGUGCCGGGUAUUUUAGCUUCGAUGCAACCGAUGCAACCGAUUUUAACGCUUUUUCUUGUUUUUUCUCAAAAAGUUAUGAUUGACCAACCUAACGAGUUGUAUGUACUCAUUCAUCUGACUCGAAUUUAGCAGCUGUCAUACUCCACCUAUUUAUAGUUCAUUUCAUAUUCCGUUAUCUCUCAUAUCAUUUACUUUUGAUUUUUCACGUUUCACCUGCCUUUUGACAAUCAAACACCACUACAAAAACCCUUUCUUAUCAACGACACGCUACUUUGCGAUAGUUUUGCUUUCCUUCGCUUUUCCACAUAUGUAAGUCAGUUAGUUACUCGUUAUUUCUGGUUUUACUCGCUGAAACAAACAUCCUUCGGUAGUGCCAACGUUAGCUAGUCUGGCCAUUUAACAGUCUCGCUUUACACUUUGUGAAACUCGCUUGUCUCCGCCGUUGGUCCUCCGCCAUUAACGCCACGCAGUCUAUCCACCUAUCGACAUGCUAUUAUACACAUAAUCGAAACGGAAAAUUUCUUCGCCAAUUGAGUGUAUCUUAUAAUAGAUUUCCAAGUACAAAAUGCAUGUUGCUACAAAGCCAAGGUUAAUUGUACAAAGAACUAAUAAUAAUUACACCACUUGUGAUUAGAAGCUGUAAAGAGAGAAAACUCGCUUCCUUGUUUAGUGAAUCAAUUAUAGUUAAAAAGAUGGAAAACGAAAUUUAAUAACUCGCAUUAAAAACCAUAACGGUCAACUUAACAAUUGCUGAAUAUAACAACAAUAAAACAAAAGCAUAGAUGCAACAAGAAAAUACAAAAACAAAAAUUUUAAAACUGAAACAACGCAUUUAAACGCAGCAAACGUAAGCAACACUGACUAAAAAGGAUAUAAACCAGCAAAACUAAAACAGAACCACAAUAAAAAAUGGCAAAUACCGCUCAGCUUUUGCGGCGACAGAGUUCGCGAGACUUCGGGGUGUUGAAAAGUCAAAAGAGCAUUGAUCAACUAGAACUACGGGAAAUGCGCGGUCGUUUGGUACCCAAAGAACACCAUGCCAGCGGUACACAUCAUCAUCCGCAUCCCACCCAUCACCAUCAACCCAUGUACGGUGCAACCAAUCAGGCGUUUCUCGGCGAUGCUUUCGACGAAUCGACAGAGUUGGAACCCGACAGUUUCGGUGCGCAGGCGAGCACGAGCAAGUCAAAAACAGAACUGGCCGCUGCAGUCUCGGCCACAGUGAAGGCACAGGAGGAGGAUAUUGUCGAGGGCGAAAAGGAGGGCGAGGAACGUGAAAGUUGGGACAACAAAAUUAUGUUUCUACUCGCCACAAUAGGCUAUGCCGUUGGCUUGGGUAAUGUCUGGCGUUUUCCUUAUUUGGCGCAAAAGAAUGGUGGCGGUGCUUUCCUUGUGCCAUAUUUCAUAAUGCUGUGUAUACAGGGUUUGCCGAUAUUCUAUCUGGAAUUGGCUGUAGGCCAAAGACUGCGCAAGGGUGCGAUUGGUGUAUGGAGCCAGGUCUCUCCGUAUUUGGGCGGCAUUGGCAUCUCAUCCGCAGUUGUCAGUUAUAUAGUCGCUUUGUAUUAUAAUACCAUAAUUGCCUGGUGCCUCAUAUACUUGUUGCACAGUUUUGAGUCACCUUUGCCGUGGGCCGAUUGCCCCACACGCCUCUAUGCCAAUUACACUUAUGACCAUGAGCCGGAAUGUGUGGCCUCUUCUCCCACGCAAUUCUAUUGGUAUCGCACCACACUUCAGUGCUCCGAAAGCGUCAAUGAGCCAGAAAAUUUUAAUUUUCACAUGGCUAUAGCGUUAAUAGUUUCAUGGUUUCUCGUUUACAUCUGUAUGGUGCAGGGUAUUACGUCGUCGGGCAAAAUUAUAUAUAUGACAGCCAUAUUUCCGUAUGUGGUGCUCAUUAUAUUCUUUUUUCGCGGUAUUACGUUGAAAGGCGCAUCAGAAGGUGUUGCACAUCUCUUCACGCCACGCUGGGAAACACUACUUGACCCGGUUGUUUGGCUAGAAGCCGGUACGCAGAUUUUCUUCUCCCUCGGACUUGCAUUUGGCGGCUUGAUCGCCUUCAGUUCAUACAAUCCUGCCAACAACAAUUGUUAUCGAGAUGCCAUUUUAGUGUCUCUCACAAAUUGUGGCACUUCGAUGUUUGCUGGAGUUGUGGUCUUUUCGGUGAUCGGCUUCAAAGCCACAUCAACAUUCGAUCGUUGCAACGAGGAACGACAAAGUUUGAUUGCGCAAAAUAGAACUACAAACUUACCUGUAUGUGAUCUGCAAAAAGAGCUGGCGAAUAGCGCUUCGGGUACUGGCUUGGCCUUCAUCAUAUUCACCGAAGCGAUCAAUCAAUUUCCCGGCGCUCAAAUAUGGGCCGUGUUGUUUUUCCUAAUGCUUUUCACACUCGGCAUCGAUUCACAGUUUGGCACACUGGAAGGCGUCGUAACAUCACUCGUGGAUAUGAAACUCUUUCCAAAUCUACCUAAGGAAUGGAUUGUUGGGGGUCUUUGCUUUUCCUGCUGUUUGAUCUCAAUGUGCUUUGCUAACGGCGCAGGUAGCUAUAUAUUUCAGUUGAUGGACAGUUUUGCUGGCAACUUCCCACUUCUCAUCAUUGCGCUUUUCGAAUGCCUGUCGAUAAGUUAUAUCUACGGUGUUAGAAGGUUUUCCGACGAUAUUGAAAUGAUGACUGGUUCGCGUCCCGGCUUAUAUUGGAUGAUAUGCUGGAAAUAUCUCUCACCCUGCGCCAUGAUCACAAUAUUGCUGGCCUCGUUCUAUCAACUACUCACCGAGGGUAGCAGUUAUCCCGCUUGGAUAGCCGCCAAAGGGCUGACCGAAAAGCUCGAGUGGCCCCAUUGGUGCAUUGUUAUUGCAUUCUUCCUCAUACUGUCGUCAAUAUUGUGGAUACCGAUCGUGGCGAUACUGAGAUUAUGUGGCAUUAAGGUGGUGGAAGAUUCAGAUCCCGCAUGGUUCCCAGAGGCAGAGCUCAAAGAGGUGCACGGCAUUGUGCCACAUGAGCCUACCGAAAUCGAACGCACCAUAUUUUGUUUCAAUAUGGAUGGCACAGAGGGCAUGUGCUGUCCAAAAUAUGGCUUGCCAGAGAAAUCGCUCGAAGAAGAGGAGUAAAUAUACACAAGAGGCAAGGAAUAAUGCGUGAAAAUAAAAACUACGAACAAUGUCACAAAAACAGUGAUUGAAAUGUUGAAAUGAGUGGCAUAUAUUGGAGGAAAUACGUAUAAAUGACUCAUACGAAAGCGUCGAGCACUACAGAAUAUAUUUAAAGCGAAAGGAGAAGGUGGAUAGAACAUGCGAAAAUAACUAAAACGAAUAAUCAAAGUGAGCAAAAUAAAUACUGCGAGGCUAGGGUAAAGUUAUUAACAUUUUAUUUUAAUAAAAAAUCUGCAUUUUUGGUGUUUUGGUGAAUAAAAAAUGGUUUGGUGACUCAACUAUACAAUAAUACGUUAAGCAUGAAAUAAAUUAUAUAUAUACAUACAUAUAAAUUAUACAUAAAUAUAUCUAUACAAGAGUAUAUAAUAUAAGUUAAUUCUGUAGAAUUACACUUAAAGACAAUAAUUUAAAGUAGCGCAUUGUUUAGGCAUAAGUUUAGACAAGAGAAUCUACUUGUAAAUAUAUUAAACUAUUUAUAAAAGUUAAGGACAAUAAUAACGUUGAGCAUACUUGUACUUAAACAAAAGCUACACUGAUACAAAUACUUAGCGCCUAAAGGAAAAUAGAUUUUCCAAAAAAAAACAACUCUAAAUUGAACUAAAUAACUCAUUUAAUAUAUUUAUUAAGUGAGGUGUAAACAGAUUCCAAGAAAGAAAAAAACUAAAAUUAGCCACCGAUUAUGAUUCUACAUAUACCUAUACGACCGAGGUUGCUAAUGUUUUUUUAAUUUUAAUUUAGACUAAUUUAAACUUUUAAUUCAUUUUAAUUUAGAUUAAGAGCAUAUUGGUACAUUGCUGUUAAGCUCAAAAGAUACUUCUAUAUUUAAAUAUGACGUGUUGUAUGCCAGAAAGUGCUCUAUUUAUCGCAAUUCAUCGAUAUCGGACCAAUUUAGCUACCAUACAAACUGAACGAUCGGAAUCAAGAGCUUACAUGGAAAACAUUCUGAUGUGAAGAGAUAUCUUCACGAGAUUUGGCAUGGGUUAUUGCCUAAGGUAAUAAUGUAAGCUCCGAAGAAAUUGUUCAGAUCGGAUCACAUCGACCUUGGUCUAUAUAAGUCUAAUUAGUUUUAAUUGGAAACUAUCGAUUCAAGGACUGUGUUAAGAUAAAACAUAGUUCGAUAUUUGAAUCAAUGGGUGGUUUGAAAAGCAGAAAAUAGUUCACAUUAACUGAAGUCGACUUAUGCUACUUACAAAUUUAGCUUAUUUGAGCACUAAAACUUUCUCUCUGAGCACAUUCUAUUUGAUCUUUCAUAAACAUAUUAAAUAUUUUGAAUCGAUUUUUGUAAAGAUGGUUCCUUAAAAUACAGAUUUUAAUAGUAAAUUAGUUGAAGAUUAUAUAAUAAUAACAACAUCCAGUUAGAAAGGAUAGAAACCUAAAGCCAAACUAUGUUUUUUGAUAUAUUUGUGCAAAUAUAUAUAUUAUAUAGUUACUUAAAUUACUUUUAAAACUUUAUAUUUAUUAUAUGACUUUUUUUAUAAAAUAUAUAAUUUAAAGGUUUUUUUUUAUAACUAAUAUGUAUAUAGUUUUUGCUAAAAUUCAUUGUUUAAAGUGACUAAACUAUGUAUAGUUCGAUUUCGGGGUGCAUCUUCUCCUGUCCGAAACUGGCUAAAAUAUCAAUUAUUCUCCAACUUUGAAUGGUACGACUUUAACGACAGAACUUGAGAGUUUAUAGUUAUUCUUAAUACAUAUAUUAAAUAACGGUACUGGUAUCUGUUCCCCACCACCAAAUCCAAGUUUUCGCUCAUUGCUCUUGAAUCUCAAAGUAAUAUUGAAACUUUUAUUAAGACUUUAUAUCUUUCUUUGAUCUCAUUGAUCACUCCCUUAUAUAUGAGACCAAAUUGAAUUGAAUUUCAAAUAUAUAUCAAUACUUAUUUGAAGAAAAUUUAAUUUAAUUUAUUAUUUAUUAAUAUACUACUUGAAAUCGAAUGUCAUUUACAUUUAAAUAUUUUUUAUUUUCGUUAUAGUAAAUUUAUUUAAAAAAUAUUGUGCAAAACUAAACAAAAUUGUUAAAGCGUAAAACCUUUCCAAACUAGACAUAGGUUUCACCAAAAGUGUGUCUAAAAUAACAAAUGAACAUGCUGUAUACUCGUCGGGUGAGGCUAAAAAUAUUAUACUUAAAACAUGCAACUUCACGCCGCCCAACAUAACACAACCUAACAUAGCAUAACAUACAUACAAAUGAUGAAUGUGCAGGCAUUGCUGCCUUGUCAAAACGUUUUUGUUUUUGUAAUACUUGUCACCAAAACUUGUGCAGAAAAGCUUAUAUUAUCAGAGCAGACAAGGGCGCGCAUAUUUGCAUUAUCCGAUACCACUGGAAAUGACAUAUCCUAUAGCAAAAUUUACAUACUCACAUACAUACACAAACACAAGUAACGUACAUAUAAUUAUACAUAAAUCAAAAUUAUUACAUUUUCAGUUCUAUAGCAUAUACACAUAUGGGUACAUAUAAAUAUGUAUACUGUUAAGCAAGCAUGCUAUCGCUGCUUAAACACAUAAAUUAAUAAUGAAAUUGGAAUAUAAUUAAGGAAUUUUUAUUUUUUAUUCUCUAAUAUAACUCAUACCUGGUUGUUCUAUACGCUUAUAACAUUUUUUGACUGCGUGUUGUUGUACGUACAAAAUAUUAUAUAGUAUGUUCUAUUAUAUAUAUACAUACCUAUAUCAUAUUUAAACAUAGAUCUGUUAUGCUAAGCAAAAUCGUGUAUGAAAAGUUUAAAAACUAAUAUUUUCAAAGAAAAUCAGUAGCUAGAAAAGUCGGUUCUUUUGCCAAUACAAAUGACUUUAAUUAUGAAUUUUCCUUUUAAAAAUAAUGAUGUAAUUUAAUAAAAUAAUAAUAUAUUUUAAGUUGAGUUAGAAUUCGGCGAAUACAAUAUUCUUUUUAACUACUGUUCAACUUAGUAUGAAAACAAAAUCUAUCUGCCCCUCGAAGGCGUCUUUAAAGUUGUAGGUAUAUUUACUGGUCGUAUAUAAUCAAAACGUUUUUCAGAUAUAUGAAUAUAACUUUAUUUGUCGGAUAAGUAGCACAAGCUUAUUCAAAUACCAAAAAAUUUUCGUGAAUAAGGUCAAAAAUUAAGAUUUUUUUCUUCUCACAGUAUUUUAGCAAAGCCUUUGGGUAAUCCUGCUUACUAAAAAAUAUAGCUUAAAAAUCUUGACAAAUUCAGUCUUCAUCAUAUAGGACGUCAAAGCUUUUUGCGAACUUUAAGAGCGAUUUGGUAUCUAAUUUUGAUACUUUAACUUGUCCCUCGAACAGCGAAGUUCCUAGUUAUCUAGAGAAUAUAGAAGAUAAAAGGUGUUCCAGCAUAUCUUUCAUGCCUAUUUCUCUGCACUUCCUGCCUGUGUCGUCGUUACUUAUGCCUAUCCGGCUCACAUGUGCCUUCCGUAUUCCCUGUACUAGUUCGGUAGCCAAACGAAUGGCACUUUUGGCAUUCUCAUCAGCUAUUUCGGUUUCCGGAAAUCAGACUUCCCUUCUUCUAUAUAUCAACGUAUAUAUUGAUCUUUCCAAAAAUCCUGGAUUAAAUAUGCCCCUGGGAACUUGAACAUUUUUUAUCGGGUAGUAUACCUUCGCGAUCAAAUUUCAGGCCUAUAAUUGACCAUCGAUGGCAAAAAACUAUACAUAACAUUUUCAACAAAUUUUUUUUUAUUAAAUUAAUUUCUAAAUUUGUUUGAGAAAAAAAACUUUUUCAAAACUCUUCCCUUGGCGUGUCCUUGAAUGCACCAAUGCCAGUGCGACAUAGUAGAUUUGGCAAUAGAUUUCAGUUCCAGAACUUUGAAACCAAAUUUAUUAUUUAACUAAUGUUUAUAACUCCAGUUAUGACUAGUCGCAAGCUUUUUUGCUUAAGGCAAAAAAUAUUAAAAUUUUAAAAUAAAAUUUACAAAAAUUUUCGUGUCUAAACAGAGAGUGACUUUUUGAGAAUCGGUAACAAGUUACAGAAUUCAUCUCUUAUCUAUCUUUUAUUGUUUUGUCAGAAUCAAAACUUAUACAAGUAACAAGUUGGGAAAAACUCCUUUCCAAUUUCAGUAAUAUAUCUGACAGGUUGACCCAUCUUUGCGGUAAAAAGUUCGCAAAAGGAACUGCGGUCUAUAAAUUCGGUAUCUGGGGACUUGAAUUGCUUAGGUCUGACUUGGACAAUUUUUGGUCAAAAGGUGGCAAACCUCAAAGGCACUAUUCGUCUAAAGUUUUAUCCGGAUAUAUUGAUUGCUUCUUGAUUAGUAUACUGGAAACUGAAAGAAUCAGAUGAAAUUUAAAAUUGUGUUAUAUGGGAAGUAGGCGUUGUUUUUAUCUGAUGUUGCUCAUUUUCGCACUGUAAUGUAGGAAUGUCAGGAUAUUAUUACCUACCGAAUCGGUUGAGUAGAUACGGGAGAUACGGGUUUUCACCUAAAUGUGCCCAUCGUUCAAAUUAGAUGUUUGUAAAAUUUUAUGUCUUUAACGCAUAUAGUUAUAGAUUUUUGGUUUUUUUAGCAGUUUUUAACAGAACCGUUAUAUGGGAAGUGGACGAGGUUAUCACCCGAUUUCAUUCAUUUUCACACUGUUGGUAGGGAUUCUUAUAACGGUAUUGGUUAUUUUAAGUUUAGUGUUUUGUGUCUUAAACCUAUUAGAGGGCGGGCCACGCCCCUUUUUGCAAAAUUUUUAGCCCACAGGUGCAUGACAUUUUAUGGGUUUUCGAUAAAUGGCGUUGUGUGCACGUUUCAGUGGUCCGAUUUUGCUCAUCAACGAACUCCUCCCCACUUUUUUGCCAAGGAACACGAGUACCAAGUUGCAUUAGGAUAUCUUAAUUUUUACUCAAUUUAUCGCUUGCAUAGACGGACAGACAGAAAUUCAUUCGGAUUUCAACUCGUCUCAUCGUCCUGAUCAUUUAUAUAUACAUAACCCUAUAUCAAGCUCGAUUACUUUUAGGUGAUACAAAGAACUGUUAGGUGAACAAAACUAUUAUACUCUGAAGCAGCAUGUUGCAGGAGUAUAAAAAACACAACUUUUGAAUAGUCCUCGCGGACCAGAUUUGUGGCUCGAUAUUUCGUAAGCCAAAAUCCUUUCAAUCUAAACAAUGUUUUUUUUGUUCACCGAGGAGCUAUUUACUCUACAAGUUGCCGUCCGAUUUUGUUCAUUGUAUUAAAUGGUAUAUGAAGAUGUGGUCAGUUAUUGCAACAAGAAUACAUUUUCAAUUUAUUUUGUUGGUGGCCAGAUAAUUAGAAUCGAGUUCGUUUUACAAAUUUGCACAUUUAGACUUUAUUUACUGAUUUUAUUAGUGUGCUUAUAAAUAUGUAUGUAGUUUUCAACUUUGCACCUGAUAUAUGAAAUAAAUCGUCAAUAAUGCAAAAUACGGCUAGAUCAGUUUUAGUAUAUUAAAGUGCAAGUUUAAAUUCACUUAAAAUCACUAUUAUUUUUUUCAAAAGCUAAAAAAGCAAAAAAAACCGUUUCUAUUUAUCCGGCCUCUAGUGUAAAUGCAAAUCACUCUUCACCACUACUGGUUAGUUGCUUGCUUGUUUAUCUUCUUAAACUGAAACGAAUUAUAAAACGUACUUCGAUUGUAAAAAAAUUUACGAAUUUUAACUUCUCAAAAUGUUGAAUAUUGACUGCAUUAAUUUUAAAUUUUUAAAAAAUAUGUUUAUGGAAAUUUUGUAAGGAACGAUUGGAAAAAAACGAGAUUAUACGAGAACGAAAUAUUUGUAAGAUUUCGGCAAAAUGUACCGCUAUACAGAAAGUAAUAGACCGACUGACCGACUAUUAUACUAGAUUUUAAAGAAACACUUAUUUUUUAUAAGCGCUGCAAACAAUAUCAUCCAAUCAUAUCUAAACAGAUAACUAACUGCAUAAUAAUAUUGUGAUCUCACGCUGCACUUCUAAGGAAUCGAAUGUUUCAUAAAGUGUACGACAAUACUUACAUACAUACAUACAUACAUAAAUACGUACAUAUAUUUACAUGCAUAAAUUUAUGACAAUAAAUAGACUUCAUUGAGUAAUUUGGAGUUAAUAAUUCGUAUUUGUUAAAUUUUUGACCAAAAACCAAUAAAAUAAAAUAAAAACAAAAAAAACAAGACUAUUAAGAGUAUUAUAUAGGUAUAUAAACAUAAACUGAACUUAACCCAUUGAAAGAUUUACAAACAUAAAUUUUGCCAUUAACCUGUAAGUGAAUUAUUCAUGCUGUGUGUUCGUAAGGAAUUUUAUUAACCCGUGUAUUUGUAUUUUAUAUUUACUGCAUUCGCAUAUUCUUGAUGUACGCAUAAAAGAAAAGUCCCAAGGUAAAUAAUAAAAAAAUAGUUAUAAUAAUUACAAAUACAAAAGCAACAAAAAUGAAAUCUUCAUGUAACUUUUAAGCAAUUAAUAUAAAAUCAAAUAAUUUUAUUGAUAAAAAUUUUAAGUUUUUGAGUAUAAAUAUUAAGAAGCGAAGCAAAUACCAAAAACAAAUACUUACCUAGUAUAACAUAUACACACUAAAUAUGGGAUACCUUAAUAACAUACAAACAUGCAUAUAUAUUUGUAGAAAAAAUGCCUAUUUAAAUAUAAUUAAUUGUUAUUGGUGUUGCGAUUAAAAAUUUACUACGCAGACACACACAUUGACACAUACCCACGCUAUAAUAUACAUAUACAUAUACAUAUGAAUGUGUCUAAUCGAUUCACAAAUGCGUUAAGGUGUUGAUUGCUUUUAAACAUAAACAAAAUAUAUUCAAUUGUUAGCAUUUUAAUGAAGAUUAAUAUAUAUACUAAACAAACAUUUAUUUAUUUAGCAAUGUUCGUAAAAUGUUGUUUUGAGUGCUUAGUUCCAUACUUUAGUUGUUGAAAUGUUGAAAUAUUCACACAUAUAUCUACCUAAUCCUAUCCAAAUUGUAUUUAUAUACAUACAUAACUACUAGUAUAAAAUGCAAGCACUUAUAUACAUACAAGUACAUACAAACAUACAUAUAUACUUACAAACGAAAGCAAUGCAAUAAGUAACACUAAAUUGUAUUUAUAACUGUAUAAAUAAAAGUGAAUGAAAUAUGAUAAAUACUAAACUACAAUAUAUACUAAAGACAAUAAAAGAAAACGAAACAAUACUUAUUGAAUUAUUAAAGAUAAGUAAUUAAGAAA